UCUCGUCGCAUCUCCUCUCGCUCACCGCGAUUAGUCCUUCAUCUACCUGGCUGCUCAGAAAACCGUUCCCGCUCCAUCGCUGGGGAGAACCACGCGUUCAGCGACCUACAACCGCUGACGUAACGAUGCCAGGUACCGAAUAACGUCGAGAAGAAAGAAAAUAUCUUUACCCAUCGCGCGCGUGUCCACCUCGACAAAGUCACGCUCCGAUACGCACGACUACACGCGCGCACGGGAGAGAGCAGUUCACGCUCGGCAGAUGCUUCCCCGUCCUCGCUGAGAUGAUGGCUCUGUGGACGCUCUUCUGCAUCCUCGCCAUUGUGAAAAGCAGUGAUGGGGCAGAUACAGAAGAGAGACUGGUGGAGCAUCUUCUUAAUCCAGCCCACUACAACAAACUGAUUCGACCAGCGACUAAUGGUUCAGAACUGGUGACAGUGCAGCUGAUGGUCUCGCUGGCCCAGCUCAUCAGUGUGCAUGAGAGAGAACAGAUCAUGACCACCAAUGUCUGGCUUACACAGGAGUGGCAGGACUACCGGUUAACGUGGAGCCCAGAUGAGUUUGAUGGCAUGAAGAAGGUCCGUCUUCCCUCCAAACAUAUUUGGUUACCUGAUGUUGUUCUUUACAACAAUGCUGACGGCAUGUAUGAGGUGUCUUUCUACUCCAAUGCUGUCGUCUCCUACGAUGGAAGUGUCUUCUGGCUGCCACCAGCGAUCUAUAAGAGUGCCUGUAAAAUUGAGGUGAAGCACUUCCCCUUCGACCAGCAGAACUGCACGCUGAGCUUCCGCUCAUGGACCUACGACCGCACAGAGGUGGACCUGGUUCUGCGUGCCGACGUGGCUAGCAUGGACGAUUUCACACCCAGCGGCGAGUGGGACAUCAUCGCUUUGCCCGGGCGUCGAAACGAGAACCCCUCGGACCCAACCUACGUAGACAUCACCUAUGACUUCAUCAUCCGGCGCAAACCGCUCUUCUACACCAUCAACCUCAUCAUUCCUUGCGUCCUCAUCACCUCGCUGGCCAUCCUGGUGUUUUACCUUCCGUCGGACUGCGGGGAGAAGAUGACGCUCUGCAUCUCAGUGUUACUGGCCCUCACUGUGUUCCUGCUGCUGAUCUCCAAAAUCGUGCCACCCACUUCUCUCGAUGUCCCUCUAGUUGGGAAGUAUCUGAUGUUCACCAUGGUGCUUGUCACAUUCUCCAUUGUGACAAGCGUAUGCGUGCUGAACGUGCAUCACCGGUCGCCCACCACACACACCAUGCCUCCAUGGGUGAAGCUGGUGUUCCUCAACAAGCUACCCGCCUUGCUCUUCAUGCGACAGCCACGCAACAGCAGCGAACGGCAGCGUCUGCGCCAACGCCGGCGUGCUAACGAACAGCAGGAAGGUGGGCGAGCAGGUCUAGCUGCCGGGCUCAUGGCAGGGCUGGGCCUGGGCGGCUCUACGUCAGGGAGCAAAGAGAACAAUGAGGCGUGCACGUGCUAUGUGAACCGGGCCUCAGUUAAACAGUUUGGGGCAGAGUUGAGUGGAGGGGGUGGCGGAGGGGGGUCGACAGAUGGACUAAAUGGGAUAAGGGAAGGGGGGAGAGAGCCCAGGGAAGGAGGUUCAAAUCCAUUGCAGAGCACUGCUCUACCUCGGGGGAAGCAGCAGCCCCCUACGGUCCUCACCCAGGCUCUGCUGGCCCAGGCCUGCCCAGGGUUCGAGGAAGCUGUGGACGGAGUUCGCUUCAUCGCAAACCACAUGAAGAGCGAGGACGACGACCGUAGUGUGAGUGAAGACUGGAAGUACGUGGCCAUGGUGAUCGAUCGUCUGUUUCUCUGGAUCUUUGUGUUUGUGUGUGUCUUUGGCACAAUCGGAAUGUUCCUUCAGCCUCUGUUCCAAAACUACACAGCCAAAACUAUCACCCACACACCCGGCUGACUAACCACCGACCCCCGCCACACCAAUGGACGCUACCCACCAUCAGUUGUGACGGGAGGGCGAAGGGAGGAGGGGGGGUCUGCCGAAGGAGAGGGCAAAUGUCACUCUGGACUAACGUUAGGUUUCUACGAACCUUUUUUGGAAUAUCACACAGAAUGGGGAUUUAGUCCAGGAUUCUCGUUCAGGCCUCUCGUCCAGUCCACCUUCCCCUCCUUUUAGGUGAAAAACCACACAAGCCAAUCGGAGAGAAAGGAGACACCUGUUUACUUUGCUCAGCAGCCAAUCAGCACUCUCUGCAAAUACAAAGCCAUCCACCGCCCACAAGCUCCGAAACGAGCAGUCUGCUUCCUCAAGAGUCACAUGACUUCCGUUUGUUAGACAGGGAUGAACUCAAAUAUCAGUUUUAACAUCAGAUGCCAUCUGUCUUAGUUAUUUCUUAUGGUCUAGAAGCCUGUCAUGAUUCAUGUAUCGCAAAUACAACAAUGUCGUUUUUGUGCGAACACACGAGUGUCUAGUUCUUCGAGAUGGACUUGGAUGCAGUAUUGUAUUAAUAUUAUUAAUAUAAUAAAUGUGUGAACUGUAUUACUACAACACACAAUGUAAAGAAGGAGGAUGCCUGAUGAGCUAUGAGUGACAAUGACUGUGUUUAAAGACUAAAGGUAUUGUGGUACUUUAAGUCAGUUGAAUUUGCCAAAAAAGGGGGCCCACUAAGAGUCCCUGUGGUGCAGGACAGGGUUCCCCCACAUAACCCCUUGUGAUUUUUCAGUACAACACUGAACAGAUGAGCUCUGAGCUGAAUGAGUCCCUUUAGCCCCUAAAUACUUUACAGAGGUCUGCAGUGGUCAGGUAGACUGGCUAAUGCAUAGACAGACAAGUCUUAAAGAGCCUGAGAGUUCAAAAUUAAGAGACCGAAAGGCCAAUCUGACAUGAAAAGUUUUCUGAGCAGUACUGCAGUAGUAUUAGGCCUCCUAUACUUUCUUUCUGUCUUUCUUCUCGUCUAUCUCUCGUGUUCCCGUCAAUCCUCUUACACCACAUUACUGCCUCCUCAGAAACACAUAAUAGCUUCUCAUAAAAAUAUAAACCAUUGGUUAUGACCAUUCUCAUAUUUAAAAACACAUUUGGUCAGUGACUUUUUAGAUUUAUUGAUUUUAUGUUACUAUUUACUGGAUAUGACAUGUGCUUGCAAAUUGGCAGAUUUUAGCACAAUUUGAACACUUGUCAUUCCAAAAUUCUGUUUUUUCUUGGUUAAGAUUUUAGCUAUUCACAAAAGUACAGUACUCUCAGCUCCAUUUAACACAUCUGAUUUAAAUAUUUAGCUAAAUAUCAAAUUAUAUACAGUUGAGGUCAAAAGUUUACAUACACCUUGCAGAAUUUGCAAAAUGUUAAUUAUUUUACCAAAAUAAGAGGGAUCACACAAAAUGCAUGUUUUUUUAUUUAGUACUGAUCUGAAUAAGAGAUUUCGCAUAAAAGAUAUAUACAUACAUAUACAUAUACAUAUACAUAUAGUCUACAAAAGAAAAUAGUAGUUUAAUUUACAAAAAAUGACCCUGUUCAAAAGUUUACAUACACUUGAUUCUUAAUACUGUGUUGUUACCUGAAUGAUCCACAGCUGUUUUUUUGUUUUGUUUUGUUUUGUUUUGUUCAGCGAUAGCUGUUCAUGUGUCCCUUGUUUGUCUUGAACAGUUAAACUUCCUGCUGUUCCUCAGAAAAAUCCUUCAGGUCCCACAAAUUCUUUGGUUUUUCAGCAUUUUUGUGUAUUUGAACCCUUUCCAACAAGGACUGUAUGAUUUUGAGAUCCAUCUUUUCACACUGAGGACGACUGAGGGACUCAUAUGCAACUAUUACAGAAGGUUCAAAUGCUCACUGAUGCUUGAAAAGGAAACACAAUGCAUUGAGGGGUGAAAACUUUUGGAAUUUGAAGAUUAGGGUCAAUUUAACUUGUUUUGUUUUCUGGGUAACAUGUAAGUAUCUUCUGUAGCUUCUGAAGGGCAGUACUAAAUGAAAAAAAAAAAGUUCAAAAGUUUAAUGCAUCGUUUUUCCUUCUGGAGCAUCAGUGAGCAUUUGAACCUUCUGUAAUAGUUGCAUAUGAGUCCCUCAGUUGUCCUCAGUGUGAAAAGAUGGAUCUCAAAAUCAUACAGUCAUUGUUGGAAAGGGUUCAAAUACACAAAAAUGCUGAAAAAAAAACAUAAGAAUUUGUG